AUGAAAGGUGAAACAAUGCAUUUAAAUAGAUUCGAUGGAACUAAAGAAAAUGUUUCUUCUCCACAACUUCCACCAGUAGUUCUUCCGUAUGGUCCCUAUGGAAUGUAUGGAAACCCUUACGAAAGACCAUUUGACCCAUUGACUGGUGGAAGUAACUGGUAUCAUUAUGGACGAAGAAGAAAGACAGUCAAGUUGGAGACGGACGUAAAGAAAGCAACUAAAAAGAAACCAAGGAAGAGAGUUAUAAAGCAAUGA